AGUUGUACUCUUAAAGCGUCUUGAAGUACUGUAAUCCUCCCUAUGAAAACAACACAUUUAACAAAGAUUCACAUAAAUCCAAAAAGUGGCAAUGUUUGACGGCAAUACCUUCCUUAGGAGAGUUUCAGAUUCCGGAAAAGAAGCACUACCUUCGUUCUACGUCCAAAACUACAAUAACCAACAAUCUGCUAUACUUGAUUUUGAAGUAACCGAUUUUGUUUUAAUUGCUGCCUUUUCUGAACAAGAAGGACCAAAGCUAGUGGCGACUAUUCCUGAAAACGUCAAUUGUGAUACAAGCUUGCUUAAUGAUUUCGUAACAAAAAUAGUAUCAGUUGAUAUUCAGCAACAAGGCAGAGCAACUUCGGAACAGAGCGGAACAGAAAUGCAAAUGUUUCUAACAGAAAACAAGCUGGGCUUGUAUGCUUUGGUUGAGCAUGUUACUUUAUAUGAUGUGGAGGCAAGAGGAUUCGUAAGACCCUAUUGCAUUGGUUAUAUAUCUCGUCAUAGAAGAAAGCUAUUUAAUUAUUACUCGAUCAUAACUAAUACCUAUUUAAAAGAUGGAAUAAGAAUAAUGUAUGAAUCUAAUGGUGAAACCUUUGAUAAAGAAUUACAAGAAUUUAUUACCAACUUAGAAUAUACCCUUGAACUUGUAGAGUGUGAAGAAAAAAGUGCCAAUUUAUCUGAAAAUGAAAAACAAAAAUUGAGCAAAUAUUCUGUAAGCUCCGUAAAGGAUACCUUAACGGAGAUUUACAUCAUUGCUGACUCCUUUGUAAAGAAAAUGCAAAAAUUAGGGAAAGAAAUGACUGUUGGAAAACAGAGGAAAAUGUUCAAUUCAAGCUUUACUCACAAGAUCAUAAAGAAAAAAGAAUUGGCAGAACACCUUAGACCCUUGAAUGUUAUAUGUCCAAAAUUCAAUCAAGUUUUAUCUGUUUUGCAAUCUUUACACAAAACUUUUUCAAUGCCUGAAGAAGAUGUAUAUUUGAGGAUUUGUAAACCUUUAAAUUUUGACAAAAAUGAAAAUCGUUGGAUAAGCGAUUCUAAUUUACUUCAUUUUGCAAAAACAUCUUCAUGUUUUGCGGACCUUAUGUAUUCACUGUUAAUUGGAAAAGUCUUGAUUAUUAUUUCCAACGACGAAAAACGUUUGAAGAAUUUAUUGUGUUCAUUAAGCAUUGGUAUACUUCCACAUUCAAGUCAUUCGAAGAGAGUAAAGCAAAUUGAAAAUUUAUUUAGCGUCGAGAAUUUCAUCGAUGAAGGCUUCCAAUUGCUUGGUGUAUUACGGUAUCCUGGGAAAAUUAUAGAAAUUGGCGAACGUUUUCAGAAAAUUUGCUUCUUUUUCGAUGCUGAUCAAAAUCGAUCAAAUGUUUCAAAAUAUUAUGCUGGAAAGCUAAAAGAAGCCCAAAUAAAGUCAAAGACUUUUCAAAGUAAUGAAGCUUUCUCAAAUUACUUACUGAGUAUAAUGCAGGAAUACAUUAGCAAGGCUCAUAUUCAUAGCACUGGAAAUGCAACUAAAGGUUUAAUGAGUCGAUCCCAAAAAAUGACGAGAUUAAAACUUUCGGAUCAAGAUUUUGAAAUAGUUCUAGUGAGCAAUUUCUUUACUUAG